AUGCUUGAGCAGCGCCUGUUAUGGAUCUUGCUUCCGGAUCACGACGACCUAGUAGCCGGCCGUGUCGUCCAAGACACACUAUCCUUCCACUCCACCAACAUCGAAGGCAGAAAAAUCCUCGCCCCCGUCUCCGUCCGCCGCUUCACGUUCGUCUGCGCCAGCAAGAAGAAUCUCCAAGACCUAUCAACUCCGGCCGACGGAGUUCUUGGCAUUUCUCCUGCGGAUACGUCGUUUCCGAAGCAGGUGACGUCAGCGCUCGGAGUUCUCCCGAAGUUUUAUCUCUGUUUGCCUUCUUCCACCUCUGGCUCCGGCCACUUGUUCGUCGGCGGCGGUCUUUCUUUUACUAGGACACUCACUCCUUUGACCUCCAAUGCCUCCUCCGGAAGUUAUUCCGUUACCGUUCAGUCCAUCUACGUUGACGGAGUACCUUUACCGUUGAAACCUGAUUUGCUUAACGGCGGAGCUAAACUCAGCUCAGUCCUUCCGUACACUAUACUCCACACCGAUAUUUAUAGUGCUCUAGCUAAAUCGUUCACACAAAGAGCAAAGGCAAUGGGAAUAUCCAAGGUCCGAGAGAUAGCGCCGUUUAAAGACUGUUUCAACACACGCACCGUCGGGAGGAACUUGACGGGACCGAACGUGCCGGUGAUAGAGAUUGGGGUGCCAGGGAGGGCAGGGGAGGUGAAGUGGCGGUUCUACGGUGCGAAUACGGUGGUGAAAGAGACUAAGACGGUAAUGUGUUUGGCGUUCCUCGACGGCGGUAAGAGACUGGAGAUACAUAUAGGGACACAUCAGAUUCAGGAUUAUAUGUUGGAGUUCGAUCUCAGCACCUCGCUUUUAGGGUUUAGUGACUCUCUCUUGCUCCAGAGUACUAGCUGCUCUACUUGGAUUUCCAAAAAAUAG